AUGUUUCUUGCAGAAGAAAUUCCGCCAUGGGAGCUGGCUGUGUAUACAGUAUAUAGUUUUUACCCCGACCAAGUUACCAUGUCAAGGCCAAGUCUUUUGGCUGGAAGGGCAUCCUCGCGGACCCCUACAGUUAUCUCGGUAUCCAGAGGAUGGACAGCCGCCGAAUUUCAGCUCGUAGGUGUCGUAUUCGGAAUCACUCUUGGGUUUGGUUACUUUGUCGUAUGCCACGCAGCGAGCCAAGCACGAAAGAUUUCCGCAAAUUUAACUUCCGCCUGCAUUACGUUCCUCUUUGCGAGUGGAGUAAUUGAUGCAUCGAUUCCAUAUUAUCUAUGCGUAAUACAUCUUUGUGCGUGGUCAAUGAAUUCUGUCUCAGGUCUACAAAGUGUGAGCCGGAUAAUACUGAUAUGGUCGAGCCCUUUCCAUUGUAAAUGUUUGCGAUGGGGAAUCUGGAUUUGGGCGUUCCUCCUGACCGGUGCCGCGUUUUCUACCUGGAUUCCGGCUCGUCUUCAGGUAUCUGAACAGAUCAUAAAGUUGAACGCGAUCUGUUAUCCGAUUGUGAGAGUUGUUUGUUUGUUGACAAAUGCUUGUCUCAAUAUCACAUUUAUAUAUUCAGUCAAAAAUUCCUUAGUCGCUAAUGGGUUAACGAAAUACAACAGAUUAUUGAGGUUUAACGCAAAGAUCAUGGCAUUGUCGUUAUUCCUGGAUUUAGUCCCAAUAUUGCUCUUUCUUCUAUAUAUAUCAUUUUUCCCCCUGUCGACAAUGAUCAAGCUGCAAAUAGAACUUGUGACCAAUGACUUGAUUGUAGAAGUCAUCAAGUCCGAAAAUCAGUUGAGAAUAAUCAGAGAAAGUCAUGCGAGAUUGAUUCCAGGAUAUCAUACACUUGACGGAAUAGAAAGUACGAUCAGUACCCCCCGUACAUGCAUGUUCGGUGACGAGGAAGGAAUGAAAAGUUCUAAGCACAAACGGCUUACCGUCCCCAACCAUCCGGAUAUGUGGAAGCUCCCAUCAAUCAGCCCAAACCUAGCCUCACCGCCCUCACUUAAGAUUGGCGAGAGUGCGCCGGCCGGACUGUCGAUUCAGCUGGAUGAUAUGUUUGAUUCUUCGACUUAUUUUGGGAUGUUUAUGCCAUAUGCAUCUCCGAUUGACUCGGAAUCGGAAGAUUGGGUGCACAGUCGAAUGUCUUCUGGAUACUCUUGUGAAACUGAUCUAACUGUAGACUCACAUAUAGCAUUAAGGCUUCUAAAAUAG